GCUACCCCUGAACACCAGGAUUUGGAGCCAUGGUACUUCUUUCCAAGAAAUCAUUCACACAUGCUGGGGAUUCCUGCCUGUGCCUCUUACUAUAAGCUACAACCAAAGACUCAGUAUUUGCUGGGCUGGGGCUCAUGCCAGCGCCUUGGCUGCCAGGUGCUGCUUUCCAACUCUCAGACAGCUCCCUCUCCUCAGACUCCCACCGCACCUGCUCCCAAAAGGGGCCGCCUCCGGGCCAAGGCUGGGGCACAGAACAACACUCAGAUUUGGACUUUUCUUGCCUUCCUUGGAGAUGCUUGGUGGGGAAGCAGAACCACGCAUCUUGGAACAAAUCUGCUUUUGAUCAUGCAAAUGUACGCCUGGUUGAUGCCAACAGACUGUCAACUUCAGUAGUCAGGGAAAGGAGAACGGGAGAUAAUUGUGCAUCUCGGAGACCAAAGAAGAAUUUCAAUAGAAAGCUGGGACUUGGGAAAUAAAAUCGUUCUGAGUGAUCGGAGGCUCUUCACCUUCACCGGCAUCUAUGCGGCCCCGAUUCUCGGCAGAUACAACUCCAAGAGUGUCUGAGCGGAGGCUUCACUUUUGGUUGGAGGAGGUCUGGGAUCUGCAGGGACCAGAGAGAAGUCUGCUCUGCGUGGUUAGUGAAAACAGGAACCUGCCCUCCUGCCAGCCCUGCGCCUUCCUUGUUUCAGCAGAGGAAGUGUGGGGCCGUUUAGCAACUGCAGUCCUGCUGCAGGCUUGAUAGCAUGGGUUGUGCCUGCACUCCCUCUCAAGCCUGGGUGGCCCAUUCAGCCAGGAGCAGCAGUAGCUGAUGGAGAGUUGGUGACCCUAUGCCUGCUGGCUUUCUGCUGCUGACUCCCAGGAGAGGCUGUGCUCUGUCUCUGAAGGUUUCCAGUACCUUCCACAGUCCCAGGAGAAAGAGAGAUGGGGAACAGCAUGAAAUCCACCCCUCCACCACCCGAGAGGCCGCUGCCAAACACAGAUGGGACCACAUCCCAGGGAAGACAGAAGGGAUGCUGCCAGCCUAGCUUGCUCAGAGUGACUGAGACGCCAUUCCCCAGAGGACUGGAGAGUGACUUCCUAGCUGUGCUGAACGACUAUCCAUCUCCUGACAUCAGUCCCCCAAUAUUCCGCAGAGGAGAGAAACUGCGUGUGAUUUCUGAUGAAGGGGGCUGGUGGAAAGCCAUUUCUCUCAGCACUGGCCGGGAAAGUUAUAUCCCAGGAAUAUGUGUGGCCAGAGUAUACCAUGGGUGGCUGUUUGAAGGACUGGGCAGGGAAAAGGCGGAGGAGCUCUUGCAGCUGCCAGACACGAAGAUUGGUUCCUUCAUGAUCCGAAAGAGUGAGACCAAGAAAGGUUUCUACUCGCUGUCGGUGAGGCACAGGCAGGUGAAGCAUUACCGCAUCUUCCGCCUGCCCAACAACUGGUACUACAUCUCCCCCAGGCUCACCUUCCAGUGCCUGGAGGACCUGGUGACCCACUAUUCUGAAGUGGCUGAUGGUCUAUGCUGUGUGCUCACUACACCCUGCCUGGCACAGAACACAGCUGCCACAGUGGCUCGCCCGUCACCAUGUACCACCCCUGGCUCACCUGUCACUCUGCGCCAGAAGAACUUUGACUGGAAGAGGGUAUCCAGACUGCAGGAGGACCCUGAGGGAACGGAAAACCCACUCAGAGUGGAUGAAUCCCUUUUCAGCUAUGGCCUUCGGGAAAGUAUUGCAUCCUACCUGUCCCUAACAGGGGAUGACACCCGCCCCUUUGACCGGAAGAAAAAGAGUCUCUCCCUGAUGUACAGUGGCAGCAAACGCAAGAGCUCCUUCUUUGCGGCACCCCAGUACUUUGAAGAUUAAUGUUCUGGCUGGCACACAAAAGACAAAAGCUUUGAUUGCCCCCAGGGGCAUGUGGAAGCCUGAGCUCUCUGGUCCCUGGGCAUCUCAUGUCUUCCAAGAGCCAAGAGAAGUCACAUAGAGAUUGCCUUUACAUCCUGAACAAAGGAACCCCUCCCUGGAAUCUUAUAAGUACUGUGGUACCACAGCAUACUGAAUCAUGAUGUGAUGGGGCAGUGCUCCACAGAGCUCUGUGUGUGUGUGUGUGUGUGUGUGUGUGUGUGUGUGUGUGUGUGUGUGUGUGUAUGAACAGGACACUCUCACAACAGAGUGCAUGGAGACUUCUCCAGCCCACAGUCCAGAUGGCCCCAAUCUGAAUCCCUGUGGAAACAUUCAUUUGAGGAAGAUGAUCUUCUUGAGUCUGAAGAAUGGCCCCUGCCUGGAGCAGAGUUGCCUUCAAACACGCAGCAAGAACUUUGGGCUGUGCUUGCCUCCUCUUUGUAAGGAACAUGUGACACUAAACACUAGCCAGAAGGACUUAUAUCUCUGAGCCAGGUGGACCUUCAGCAUUCAGGUUCACCAAAGCCACAGGGGCAGGAGUCGGAUGGUCACUCCAAUUCCUAGGAGGACAAAGGGCAGAGAGGGAGCAAUCAGGAGAGGCAGGAGGAGGAUCAACUGCUUAAACUUCUCAGACAGCCAGUCCUGCCUCCACAGCACAAAAAGUCCUCAUCCAGCUGCUGGAGUUCUUGGUUGUUGGAGUCCUUAUUCCUUGUGGUUGUCUGCAGAGGCCUAAGUGACAUCUUAUGCUGCAGUCAGGUGGUAUUAAAAGAGGUACAAGCAGCACCUUUCAACAUAGUGGGAUCCCAGCAGAGGCAGGACAGCAAGCAGAUCAGCAGAGGAUGUAACAGUGGGUGUGAAAUGAGAGACGGCCUCACAGUUAGGAAGGGUGGGGUAGGUGAGGGUGAGGGUCCUAUUCACAGGGUCUACCAGAAAUGUAAGGGAUGCUGGACUGAGGAGGUAAGAACAGUCAGGUUUUUUUUUUUUUUUUAAGGAUCCACUUUAAAGAUUAAUUUAUCCCUAUUUGUAUUUUAGUCUAAGAAGGGUCAGCAUCUGCAUGGCCAAAAAUGCCACUCUCCCAGAAAGGGCAGCUAGAGAGUCUGAAUACUGUGUCAUACACAAUUGCGAGAAAACUCCCAGGACUCCCAGGAAGGAGACAUCUCCAUCCAGUGUCACUCCUGCAUCCUGCCAGGACAGGAGGCAAAGGAACCAUGGCUUGCCCCUCCCUGUUUCUUGGAGGGAUUCUGAGGAGGAGGAGUACAGGCAGGGUCUGUCAUUGAUGUGAUUUCCUAUUGUCAGGAUAGGUGUUUUACAAGGGAUGAUGUAUGGUCUCCUAAUGUUCCCCAAAGGCUGUUUCAAAGAGACCAGCCAAUAUGUGAGACAGGAAUGUCAUCACAUGAGGACAGCAACUUUGGCCACGGGGAGUGACUCUGGACUCCUGAUAUGUCUGCUCAGUGUCUUCUGUGUUGUUUUCCGUUGUGAUCAAUAUGAUUGGAACCUUGGGUGGCAUUCAGGGGCACUUCUGAGUGAGAAGCAUUACACUUUGCCCAAUCAUGUAUUUAUUCCUGAUUAAAGUAAAACUAA